CUGAGAGAUGUGAUUGGACGACCUGCGCAGAACUGACUUCCAAAAGAAUUACUGCAAUGUGGCCUUUGUCAAAAUAUGGGUGGAGGCUUGACAACUCACGUCAUAAUAGCAGUUUCCCAGCAAUGUCGAGUACGGAAAUAAUAAUAAUUGCAGAUGACAGUAAUUCGCAUGUAAACAUGAGUCCUGCAAGUACCCCUUUCAUCGACAAAACUAUGUUCUCAUGUACUCAGGCCAUGGCACCAUCACAGUGCCCACGUUCCCGAUACCAGGUAUUUCCUCAUUACAUGCAGAUUAUGUGCACACGAGUUUGUGCCCAUGCACGCCAGAAGUACACGUAGAAGGCAAGUCUCGGCAGCUGAACUACAGUCUGGAAUGUGAUGUGCACAGGCAGCAGCACAAAACAAAAGGCAACCUUGCGUUCAGUUGUUCACAGAUCAUUGAUCAUUCCAAUUGCAUGAGGCAUGUUGGGUUGCCUCUGUUGCACUGUACCAGACCUGGGCACUUGGGAUAUGUAUGUUUUUUAAUGUAUUUGAAAUACUUUUAACUCUUUAGCUGCAGGUAUAACACAAAAACGCUUCUGCAAAUCCCUGAAACCUUUCAAUGAAGCAAUGUUACUAGCCAAAAUAUACAAUUACAUGAUAGAAGAUUUUUUUUCUCUGAAUAUUGGUGAAAAUAAAUAUAUAAAGUUGGUAGUAAUAUGUAGGAUGUCUCCUAGUGUCUUAAAAUCUUAGUAUUUUUAAACUAAGUAUUUUACCCAGGUUAUUGCACUCAAAAACUAUUAGUAAAUGUAUCAGUAAACAUAUCUCAGCUUCAAAUGAUUUAAUAUUGUUUAUGUACUGACCUGUGACGCCCUUAGUUUUGAUAAUAGACUUAGAUUGUGCUAUUGUUUAUUUUGUUCCUUUUUGCUUCCUUUCCAGCUCACAGUCAUGCAUUUUCAACCUUGAGUAUAGCAGCUUGUUUUAUUGCUGCCCAAAAUGGCGUAAAUAUAACCAGUGUUGUGAAGGGUCUGCUGACAGGGCUCUUAUCAGUAGGCAGGACAGAGCAAGGUGCAGUGGUUCGUUAUCUGGUUAGUUGCCUUGGUGCACAGCGCCUGUUGUAAUGAUCCGAUGUGUUGCUAGGGGCCUCAGACAGCAUCAGAGGAUGUAAGACACAAAGUGCUCUCAUACGGUGGUGAACUAAGGCAAUUACGCUUUGGAGUAUUGAUGGGGAUCAUCAGUCUGAGUGGGUGGAGAGGUCAGCAUCGAGGUCAGCGCCUACAGUAAGAAUUAGACAAGAGGCAGACACAGUGUAUGGAGGUGUUUGAAAGGGACUGUAUUAAGAGAUUCCCUCUUACAGCGUACAGAAUCAGAAUAGAACUACGUACUGUAGACAGUAUUCUCCACCCAACCGUAUCCAAGCAACUAAACUGCAGAAACAAGAACAUGUUUAGAAAUCAAUCUAUGUGUACAGGAGCUUUGUGCUGUGAACUGAACUGAAAAUGAAACGGUUUGCUGUUAUUUUUUCUGCUGCAAAAAUUACAUUAAUGUGUAGUGGAUGAUGCUAUUUUUGAAGAAGAAAAAAACGCUAACUAAAUGUUAAAAUGCAGUAAAUGUAAGGUGCUAUGAUUGUGAAGCCAUUAUGAUGCUAAAAUAACACUUAGCUAUGGGAAGCGUAUUCAGACACUGCAAAAAAUAUGCCGCUGGACACAGGAAAACUGUCUGCGCGAAUCAAGCUAUUUCUACCCACUCAAGUCAAUCAGUCAUCAUUUUUCAUGCCCGCUGACCCAGUGCACCUCUGCCACAAGAACCAGUGAAAUCGUCGGGCGCGCUCACAGCCACUGCACGCCGAUAUCCAGCCUGUGCACCAUGCCUUCUGUCGCGCAUGUCAAAGCCCGAUGCCCGCUGUAUCCCGGCUCGGACACCCGCAGGUUCCCGGUUCCGGACGACAAGGUGAAGUGGGAGACGACAUGGACGGACUAUAAACCCGUGAACUACACAGCUCCCUCUGUGCUGAAGAACCCGCCCUGGGCAGACCCAGACAUAGGAUCCUUUUCCCCAAAGUUCAACGCUGUAGACGGGUCUGUGGACAGGACAAGUCACGUGGGAACAUACAAAGUCGAGCAGGGAAGACCGCUGAAUCCUUGCGGCCGCACUGGUUUGGCUGGAAGAGGCUUACUUGGCCGGUGGGGUCCAAAUCAUGCAGCAGACCCUAUUGUGACCAGGUGGAAACGAGAUUCGGCUGGUCAGCGCGUUUUAAAUGCACACUCCAAGCUCCCGGUCCUCCAGUUCAUCUCCAUCAAGAGGAAGGACUGUGGGGAGUGGGCAAUACCAGGGGGUAUGGUGGACCCAGGGGAGGUGGUGACCCUCACCCUGCAGCGGGAGUUCUCAGAGGAGGCGCUGGACUCCCUAAAAGCCUCCCCCAAGGAGAAGGAGAAACUUCAGGAGCGUAUCACCCGGCUCUUCAGCUCGCCAGGCCUGCAGGUGUACAAAGGUUAUGUUGAUGACCCCCGAAACACGGAUAAUUCCUGGAUGGAAACAGUUGCCGUUAACUUCCACGACGAGACAGGGGACAGCGUGAGUGAGCUUCCUCUGCAGGCGGGCGACGACGCGGGUCAGGUGACCUGGGUGGACGUCGGCUCGGCGGUCCCGCUGUACGCCAGCCACUCGCAGUUCCUGGAGACCGCCGCCCGGGAGAGGCACGCCCACUGGUAGCCCGCCGCCCCGGGCGCGGAGGAAGAGCUGCGCGGUUUUCGAAAUUCGGCGCGGCGUUCCGCCGCCGGCAAUCAAAAUAAACACGUCGUCUGGAUCACGUGACGUCGCUGGUAAUUACGUUUUCAUCAGUAGGAGAGAGUAGGUACAAAUGUAACAGUUUUUGGAUUUUGCUCGUUUACUCAGAAAAUAUUUAGCCUAGCACUUUUUUACUUCAGAUUUUACUUCAAACAGCUUUGACAUGUCAGCAGUCAUUACCCGUUUCAGUUACGUUUAUAACUUGAUCGAGUCGGAUAUAAUUUAAACCAAUGCACAAGCAGUCCAGUGUUACACUGUUACACUCAUGCGACCUAUUCGGUAUAAUUGUUACAGAGGGGAGGAAUAAUUGUAACAGUAAAUGAUAAGGCCCUAUAAUGCGCAUAUGGAGGUUUUCUCAACACAUACUAAUGUUAAUCAAGGAAACACAUAUCCAUUGGUAAUGUGAGACCAGCCACAUCCUCAGAAACCGUACAGACUUUUCAAGGACAGAUGACUGCUUAGAAUGAUGUAUGAUUUAAUUAUUGUAUAAAAAAAAGCCUUGUAUCCAAAAAUUACUUCCAGGACAGAUUUUUA